CUUCAUUCAGUUUCUCCUCCCUCUUCACUUCUUCCCUUCACUCCUUCAGCUGGCAACAUACCAGCUACUUUUUCCCCUUUUACUUUGAUACCCAUUUCUUGACCCAGCUGGGAGGUGACCACAAUGAGCGGACUCCGUUUUCUUGAUUUGAUCAAGCCUUUCACGCCCCUCCUUCCGGAGGUGGCAGCUCCCGAGACCAAGGUGCCCUUCAACCAGAAGUUGAUGUGGACUGGGUUGACUCUUUUGAUCUUCUUGGUCAUGAGCCAAAUGCCUUUGUAUGGUAUUGUGUCCUCUGACACAUCGGAUCCCCUCUACUGGCUUCGUAUGAUGCUGGCCAGUAACCGGGGAACCUUGAUGGAAUUGGGUAUCACCCCUAUCAUCUCCUCCGGCAUGGUUUUCCAGCUCCUUGCUGGUACCCACCUCAUUGACGUCAACCUUGACCUUAAGACCGACCGUGAGCUUUACCAGACCGCUCAGAAGCUCUUCGCUAUCAUUCUCUCGUUCGGCCAGGCUUGUGUCUACGUUUUAACUGGUCUCUACGGCCAGCCCAGCGACCUAGGUGCUGGUAUCUGUGUUCUGUUGAUCGUUCAAUUGGUUGUUGCUGGUCUCGUCGUCAUUUUGCUCGACGAGCUGCUCCAGAAGGGUUACGGCCUUGGUAGCGGUAUCUCUCUUUUCAUUGCGACUAACAUUUGCGAGUCCAUUGUGUGGAAAGCUUUCUCCCCAACCACCAUCAACACUGGUCGUGGCCCUGAAUUCGAAGGUGCCAUCAUCGCCCUCUUCCACCUCCUUUUCACCUGGUCCGACAAGCAGCGUGCUCUGCGCGAGGCCUUCUACCGCCAGAACCUUCCCAAUGUCAUGAACCUGCUGGCUACCCUCGUCGUCUUCGCCGCCGUUAUCUACCUCCAGGGUUUCCGUGUCGAAAUCCCCGUCAAGUCUUCCCGCCAGCGUGGAAUGCGUGGUUCCUACCCUGUUCGCCUGUUCUACACCUCCAACAUGCCCAUUAUGCUCCAGUCUGCCCUGUGCUCCAACAUUUUCCUUAUCAGCCAGAUGCUGUACUCCCGUUUCUCCGACAACAUCCUUGUUAAGCUCCUUGGUGUCUGGGAGCCCCGUGAGGGUUCUGCCCAGCUCCACGCUUCAUCUGGUGUCGCCUACUACAUGUCUCCUCCUCUGAACUUCCGCGAGGCUCUUCUUGACCCUAUCCACACAGCUGUCUACAUCACUUUCAUGCUCGUUGCCUGUGCCCUGUUCUCCAAGACCUGGAUUGAGGUCUCUGGCUCUGCUCCUCGUGAUGUCGCUAAGCAGCUCAAGGACCAGGGUCUCGUCAUGGCUGGUCACCGUGAACAGAGCAUGUACAGGGAGCUCAAGCGUAUCAUCCCCACUGCUGCCGCUUUCGGCGGUGCUUGCAUUGGCGCUCUGUCCGUCGCUUCUGACCUUCUCGGUGCUCUCGGUAGUGGUACUGGCAUUCUCCUUGCAGUCACUAUUAUCUAUGGCUACUUCGAGAUUGCCGCUCGUGAGGGCGAUAUCGGUGGAGGUCUCAAGGGCCUCGUCCCGGGCAACUAGACUGGGUUUCCUGGUCAUUUCUUCGUUUCUUCAGCUUGAUGAGUUGCAUAAGCAAUAUAAGAUGUGUGCUCAUACAUCUUGGAACUUUAUUCGCGUUUCCAGGCGGUGAACCGUUGUGGCUCAGGCAAUAAUAUUUGGAUGUAUUCUUUCGGAUGUGAAUGUAUGGGAAGGUUCUUCGCAUCUCAAGAGGUUGAUUUUGCUUCGCUUUGGAAAAUAGCGAUAACCGUACAUAAAACCGAGCUGGUUUGUAACUCUAGAUAAAUCUUUCAAAAGCCCCUCUGGCUUGUAUUAUUAUCAACGCUGAGAGUCUUUGUGA